AUGAGUAAUGGUGAAAAGUGGGGAGGGAUACAGAGGCCUGAAAGGAGCUUUAAGCAGUUUAGAGACUUUAUUAGUACAAACGAGCUGAUAGAUAUUGGAUUCGAAGGGAAACCUUGGACUUGGAGUAACAAUUGGGACAGUGAAGAAGAAGUAAGAGAGAGGUUGGAUAGAAUGCUUGGUAGUAGGGCGUGGAGGAGGAAGUUUGAGAAAGCAAAAUGCUGUCAUAUACACAAUGAGGCUUCUGAUCACUGUAUGCUCCUACUACAUACUGAACCAAAGGAAAGGAAGUGGAAAAGAAGGAGUUUGAAGAUCAAUGCUAGGGGGGAUAUAGAUAUGAUUAAGAAGGAGAUUCAAGAGCUGCGUGAGAGUAAUGCAAAGGACAGGAAACAAAAGAUAUGCGAGCUAAAGAAAAAGCUAGCUGAUGCAUAUAAGAAAGAGGAAGUAUUCUGGGGACAAAAAGCUAGAAUAAAUUGGCUGCGAGAAGGAGAUAAGAACACUGGUUACUUUCAUGCAGUUGUUGCAGGGAGAAGGAAAAGGAAUACUAUUACAACAUUGCAGAAUGCUGGGGGGAUUGGUGUGAGAAUGAGGAGGAAGUGGCGGGGGAGAUCACUGGUUACUUUGACAGUCUCUUUACCUCUUCCAAUCCUGAGGAAUUUGCACCAAUCAUUCAGUGUAUCCCACAGAUCAUUACUGCUCAAAUGA